AAAGAAACCAGAAGCAGGCACACGGAUUUGGUCCCCAAAGGGGGGCAAUUUGAAGAUCUUCAGCAAAAGCAGCCCUGCUGCCUCAGCAUACUAGGAAGCGCCCUGGGCUUUCUUGUUUUGAACAGUCUGCUCAUUACCUGUCCACAUGCUCCCAGAAGCUUUUUUAUUGGACCGUGUGCUUAUGCAGUCAGUCACCUAGUAAUUUGAUUGGCUGAUUUAGGGUGAUCACGAACUCUCGCAUGCUUGCCUUUUGCAUAGUUUUGAUGACAGACAGACAGCAUUGAAUCAUUUGCAGUUGCCAAACGUCAUCUUAAUUGCACUUUAGAAUUUAAGAUUUGUCCUGAUUUUUUCUAAUGUGAGGUUGCCCAAAAAUCUGGCAUGACCCUGUGAGAUUUUUCUGACCCCCUUGGCUAGUGGUAGUGCACAGGUGAGUAAAGCUUAGAUGCUAGUCUAAUGCCUUUUUGGCUAUCACAGGGCACAUUACUAGUACGUUAUUGUCCUGGAACUCCACAUUGCACACGUGCCUUGGUCCAACUAGGACUCCUCCUCCGUUUUAGUUAUUUUAUUCCGUUCUUUAUGCCCACUGUGCCAAGAUGGCUGUAGUCAUGGGCAUUGUUUUCGAGAACGAGAGUAAAAAUGGGUACGCUGCGGGUGAGGCGGUUACAGGACAGGUGCUACUAGAACUUCUGGAAACCAUUCAGGUGCAGCGUUUACGCCUUCAAGCUCAUGGGGGAGCCUAUGUUAACUUCACGCCUGGACAAGUUGAAGCGCCUCAUGAAGGACCAUCUUCAGGACAGUUUGAUGAGUAUCUGAACGAGGAGGUCACGUUACUGACAGAAACGCCAGGCGAAGAUGAAAAUAACACGUUUUCAGCUGGAAAACACAACAUUCGAUUUAAUUUUCAAGUACCUCUUGGGCAUUUGGUUUCUACAUUUAGUGGGAAAUAUGGCAGAGUUUAUUACCAGGUGACAGCGGUUUUGGAAAGGGCGUCCGUGCCUCCUCAAAGCGUUCACAGAGAGCUCCGCAUUAUCAAUCAUAUUGAUGUCAACUCGCCGGCUUUACUCACUGCGGUACUAAGAUCCAAGGAAGAAACAGUUGGUUGUUGGGUCUUUACGUCAGGUCCAAUCUCUUUAACUGCUAAAAUUGGAAGAAAGGGAUACAGCAAUGGAGAAGCCAUUUCAAUUUAUGCAGAUAUUGAGAAUGGCUCUUCUCGCCUAGUGGUUCCCAAAGCUGCCAUAUACCAAACUCAGAAAUUCUUCAUCAAUGGAAAGACAAAAAUGUACAGGCAGAUGCUUUCCAGCGUCCGAGGGAACCACAUUGCAUCUGGAAGAACAGAGCUGUGGAACGGGAAAACACUAAAAGUACCUCCUGUUUCUCCUUCUAUCCUAGACUGCAACAUCAUCCGAGUGGAAUAUUCUCUAGAAGUGUAUAUUCAUAUUCCCGGUGCUAAGAAACUAAAGGUAGAGCUGCCUUUAGUUAUAGGUACAAUUCCUUACAACGGCUUUACCUAUAGGAACGCCAGUGUUGUCAGUCAGUUUCCGGUGGAUAUGAGCUGGCUUGCCAUGACCUUGUCUGAGCAACCAGAAGAAGAUGAUCCGCUAAUCCAGCAGAGACCAGAUACAAGGCUGCAUAUGAGAGCAUCCGCCUGAAAUAGGUUUUACGUUGCUUUGGAAUUGCUGAAACAAUACUGACAAAUGGGUGGUAAGGAUAGCGCUGUUUGAGUUCUAGUCCUGCUUGCAAUAUACUUUAUGCAAUGAUUUCAAGUAGAAUGUUUUAAUGAGGGUUAAGACCUUGACACUUCUUGUUUACCACAAUACAGUGGGAUAAAGACUUAUCUAGCUUUGUAAAGAAGAGAAUAGCUUAAUGUGAAAAUAAAGGUUAAAUAUAUAGCCAUAAAUAGUUACAUUUGUGAAAUAUACAGAUUCUAAUCAUAUAUGAUGUUAGUCAUGUGAAAUGCCAUGUUUGCAUUGACGUGUGUUUCUUACCUUAGCAGACAGCCAUCAUCCAUCCAGGUAUCAUUCAAGCCCAAGUCAGAGGAAAGUGUUACAAAAAAUUAUAUUUUUAUAAAGUAUUAUAAAGUUCCAGACUGGCCACCCGACAACCAGGCAUAUGCCCAGUUAACCAGUGCCAGUUGGAAUGGGCCACUUACCUUUUGUUUGCGAUUACACUGCAGAUCUGGUGUUUUGAUG